AUGGCACCCAACCUUAGCGAUGACGAGAUCGAUGAUCUCUUGUACUCGGCGCGCAUAGGUGACAAGGAUGAGCUCACAACCCUGCUCUCAGCUCUUGCCGAGCGUGAGAACACAACGCCUGCGGAUAUUCUCACCCAUGCAAAGGACGAGGGAAAAUCGACAUGUUUACAUAUGGCGACCGGGAAUGGGCACCUUGACAUGGUCAAGCUCCUCUUAUCAUAUUUCACCUCCGACUCGGUGUCAAAAGAGACCAAGCAAUCCUUCCUAGAUGCGCCCAACGAGUUCGGCAACACGGGCCUACACUGGGCUGCGCUAGGCGGGCACCUAGCCGUGGUCAAGCUGCUCGUCGAGAAUGGAGCGUCGCCGGCGCUGGCAAACGACAAGAACUACGUCCCGUUGGAUUUGGCCAGCUUUGGCGACAAGUUUGAAGUGGUCGAUUACUUCCUUGCUCAGUCGGGCGGGUUGGAGGCUGAGAAUGCUGAGGAGGGGAUGGACGCUGCGGGCGUGCAGUUGGAGGAUGGAAAUGAUGACGAUGGGAACGAG